UGGGAGUUGGCACUGGCCUGUGGGUGAUGAAAGCCAAGGGGAAUGGAAAAUGCCAGUCCCGCCCCCUACUCAGGAGUAUAAAGCACCCACAUCCUAUUCCAACUUACCUGAGCACCUUUCUCUCCUCUCUGCCGACUCGCUCGCUCACUUACUCACUCACUCACUCGCCUCCCUUCUCUACCAUGACCACCUGCAGCCGCCAGUUCACCUCCUCCAGCUCCAUGAAGGGCUCCUGUGGCAUCGGUGGUGGCUCCAGCCGCAUGUCCUCUGUCCUGGCCGGAGGGUCCUGCCGGGCCCCCAGCGCCUACGGGGGCCUGUCGGUCUCCACCUCCCGAUACUCCUCCGGGGGGGCCUGCGGCCUGGGGGGCGGCUAUGGCGGCGGCUUCAGCAGCAGCAGCAGCUUCGGGGGGGGCCUGGGUAGCGGCUUUGGUGGAGGAUACGGUGGUGGCCUCGGUGCUGGCUUUGGUGGUGGCCUCGGUGCUGGCUUCGGUGGUGGCUUCGGUGGUGGCGAUGGGCUCCUGGUGGGCAGCGAGAAGGUGACCAUGCAGAACCUCAACGACCGCCUGGCCUCCUACCUGGACAAGGUGCGCGCCCUGGAGGAGGCCAACACCGACCUGGAGGUGAAGAUCCGCGACUGGUACCAGAGGCAGCGGCCCAGUGAGGCCAAGGACUACAGCCCCUACUUCAAGACCAUCGAGGACCUGCGGAACAAGAUCCUCACAGCCACUGUGGACAAUGCUAAUGUCCUCCUGCAGAUUGACAAUGCCCGCCUGGCUGCUGAUGACUUCCGUACCAAGUAUGAGACGGAGUUGAACCUGCGCAUGAGUGUGGAGGCCGACACCAACGGCCUACGCCGGGUGCUGGACGAGCUGACCCUGUCCAGAGCUGAUCUGGAGAUGCAGAUCGAGAGCCUGAAGGAGGAGCUGGCCUACCUGAAGAAGAACCACGAGGAGGAGAUGAACGCUCUGAGAGGCCAGGUGGGCGGAGAUGUCAACGUGGAGAUGGACGCCGCCCCCGGCGUGGACCUGAGCCGCAUCCUGAAUGAGAUGCGCGACCAGUACGAGAAGAUGGCCGAGAAGAACCGCAAGGACGCCGAAGACUGGUUCUUCAGCAAGACGGAGGAGCUGAACCGCGAGGUGGCCACCAACAGCGAACUGGUGCAGAGCGGCAAGAGCGAGGUCUCUGAGCUCCGGCGCACUGUGCAGAACCUGGAGAUCGAGCUGCAGUCGCAGCUCAGCAUGAAAGCAUCCUUGGAGAGCAGCCUGGAGGAGACCAAAGGCCGCUACUGCAUGCAGCUGGCCCAGAUCCAGGACCUGAUCGGCAAUGUGGAGGAGCAGCUGGCCCAGCUGCGCUGCGAGAUGGAGCAGCAGAACCAGGAAUACAAGAUCCUGCUGGACGUGAAGACGCGGCUGGAGCAGGAGAUCGCCACCUACCGCCGCCUGCUGGAGGGCGAGGACGCCCACCUCUCCUCCUCCCAGUUCUCCUCUGGCUCUCAGUCCUCCAGAGAUGUGACCUCCUCCAGUCGCCAGAUCCGCACCAAGGUCAUGGAUGUGCACGAUGGCAAGGUGGUGUCCACUCACGAGCAGGUUCUUCGCACCAAGAACUGAGGCUGCUCAGCAUUGCUCAGGCCUAGGAGGCCCCCCCAUGUGGACACACAUCUCGCUGGGGGAUACUCCUCUUGCCCCCAAGCACUUCACACUUGAGUCCUGCCUCACCCUUGCCCCCUCCUGGCAAUCAAUAAAGCUUCAUUAUUUGAGUUGCA